AAAAAUAUAUAAAAAGUAACAAUCUUUGGUGAUCCAUUGAAAUUGAACUUUUACUCAAACUCAUAAAGUGUUUAUCAGUGGUUUUUAUGAAUUUAAAUACUUGGCAAAGAGUUCCGAAAAUUUCUGAAUUAACGUUAGAAAAGUGCCUACAAUUAAAGCUGCCGGCUUGAGCAUCAAUUCAAGAAACCAAAUCGGUACACAAAAUUGUCAAUUGCUGCUUUAAUUCUACAAAAAGACGGCGGGGCACACAAUGCGAGCGGGUCAGUGACAUGGCCGAGGGCUGCGAGGACUCUGCCGGUGCCGCUGAAUCCACCACGUCACAGUACAAGCUAGACAAGAUGCUGGGCACUGUGUUGCCCUGCGAGGCGGCUAUUGUGGCAACGCCCGGCAGCAGCAACAACAGCAGCAACACUGCCAGCAACAUUGUAAAGCGAGAGUUUUGCGAUGGCAGCAUUAUGCCAGGUGCUAAUGUCAACAACAACAAUAGCACGACCAGCAACAAUAAUAACAACAACAGCAACAACAAUAACAUCAAUACCAAAAUGCAAGCAUUGAUCUGCAACAGCAGCAGCAGCAACAACAAUGCCAACAGCAGCAGCAGCUCAUCAUCCUCAUCCUCGUCAUGCUCAUCCACCUCGUCCAGUUCGUCGGCGAGCACUUUAACCAGCUGCACCACAGCGGCCAUAGUGCCCUCGAAUAGCUCCACAAAUGCCAACAAGUCACCCGAUUCGCCCUACUCCCAAAGCGGCACCAUUGGCAUCGGUGUCGCCAGCCUUGCCAGCCCACUGCGCGAGGCCAGCCCCUUGCUGUCCAGCCGCUGCUCACCGGCGGCCGCUGCGGCGCAGUCACCAUGUGGCGGUGCCACGCCAGCAUCACCCCCAUCUGUCUCCUCCAACAGUUCGUCGCAUGUGCUGGCGCUCAACAUCAAAACCGAGUCGGACUACGACAAGGAAAUUAGCUGCAACAAAAUCCUCUCGCCCAGCAGUAGCAGCCACGCCCACCAACACCAUCCCCUGCAUCACCAACAGCCGCAGCAACAGCAGCAGCAGCAGCACCACCACCACCAUAACCACAUCAAUAGCAAUGAAGAAGAUAUGGAGACAACGCUGCUCUCGCCCGCACACUCCACCCACUCAGGCUACGACACCAAGGAUCAUGUCAAGGAACUGGAGUUCUAUAAGAAUCUAGCCGCCAAGGCUGCCUCGCUGGCCAAUCAUCAUCAGCGCGACACAAACUCCGCCUCGCCAUUGCCCAUGCAAAUCGAUGUGGACGAUGACGAUGCGGAGGAUCCCACGGCCGAGGCAAUGCGUCUGCGACGCGAGGAACAGGCUCAGGCCAAGGCAUUUGCAGCGCAUCUAAAUGGAACUAUGCAAGACAUGAUAAAUUUGCAAAAAUUACAAAAUUUGGCCACUCUGCAACAGCAGCAGCAACAACAACAGCAACAUCCGCAUGCACAUUCACAUUCACAUCAUUCCCAUCAUCAUCCGGCGACGGCAGCAGCACUAGCAAGUCUUCAGGGCUUAGCUGCCUCCGUGUUUAACUCACCAUUGAAUUUGAGCGUUGGCGCCGAGGCUGUGGGAACAACAACAACAGCAGCAGCAGACAACAGCAGCUGCCACAAUGGCAACAACAAGCACAAGACGUCAAAGGGCAAUAGUAACAGCAGCAGCAACAGCAACAGCUCAGCCCCCGGCAACUCAUCCAGCCAACAGCCGCAGGAUAAUCCCAGCAGCAGCAGCUCACCCCACGCGCAUCCCCUCAACGCGACGACGCUGGCCAAUGUUUUGGCUGCGGCGACCGCAUCGCCACCGCCAGCGCUCCAAGCGCCGCCGGCGAGCGCCCAAAUGCCGCAACUGAUACUCGCCUCCGGCCAGCUGGUGCAGGGCGUCCAGGGUGCCCAGCUACUCAUACCCACAGCGCAAGGCAUUGCUGUUCAGACCAUUCUCACCAUUCCGGUGAGUCCACAGAUACCCACCAGCGAACAGUUUCUACCCAACGCAUUUGGCGCCUUUGCCAGCUACCAGCAACAACAGCAGCAACAACAGCAGCAGCAGCAACAGCAACGUGAACAACAACGCGAACAGCAGCGUGAAUUGUUGGCUCCACCGUUGGCUGCCAUGCAGCAUGCGACGGCCUUGCCACAAUUGGCGCAAACACCCACGAAUUUACUGAAGCCCAAUCUGUUCUCGACGGGCGUGCAGCAGUUGUUGACGGCACUGCAUCCGGAGCUGUUUGCCGCUGCCGCUGCCAACCAUCAGCAACAGCAGCGGGAGCAGCAACAACAACAGCUGGCUGCAGCAGCAGCAGCCGCCGCAGCAGCGAGUCACUUGCCACAUGCCCACCUUGCCGCCGAUUUGAGACGCUCGGCGGAACGAACGCCACCGAGUGGCUCACCAACUGUGGGCAGUCCGGCGCUGCCGAGCAAGCAACCACCACCACCACCGCCGCCAGCAGCUGCAUUUCUGCUGCAGCAACAGCUGCACAUAAAGCCCGAGACGCAGACGCAUCUACAUCAUCAUCAUCAUCUGCAUGGAACGACAAGCUCGACAGCUGUCAGCCAGUCAUCGACACAUCCGCAAAUCAGUUUGCGGCAUCCCGAUGAGCUGACGGCCCCGCAACUGGAACUGAAGCCAUUGGAGCUGAGCAGCGGCAGCAGCAGCGUCUCCCCGCCAGCCUUGCCGCCUUCGGCAUCUGCGCUGGCUCGCCAUCAUUUCGGACACAAUCUGCGCAGUGCGGCUGGCAGCUCACCCAAGCACAGUCCAGGACGCGGCACAGGCAUGAAUCUCAGCCAGCAUCACGAGCGCAUGGAGAGACGCUCGCACACGCCGACAGCGACGGCGACGAGAGCGAGCACUGGGCUGAGCGGGUCGAGUGCCGGAUCAGUUCAUCAUUUGCCACACGAAAGAGGUUCAGGGAAUAAUCCAACGGGCCGUUUGACGCCCACUUCAUCGGCGACAGCUCCACCUGGCGGUGGCAAUGAAAGAGGCUACUCAUCUCCACUGUUUCGCACACACUCGCCACCGGUGCAUGUCCUGAAUAUGGGCACCUCGCCUCGACUGGAACGCGACUAUCUGGGCAAUGGACCAAGUUUGAGCGGUGGCUCCAGUGGCGUCUCCGGCGGAACCACCAACUGCACAGCGGCAGCAGUUGCGUCCAGUUCCGCGGGCAAUGUACUUAGCAGCAUCAACAGACUCAGUGCCUCGAAUGGCGAGUUGACCAUCACGAAAUCCUUGGGCCCGCCAACUGCAACAGCCACGCGUGCCUCAUCCGCCUCGCCGCGUGACGAUUCACCCGUGCUGAUGCCAUCCACAUCGGGUGCUUCUCUCAUGCAGCCCCUCAAGCUGAGCCCCUCAUCCCGCAGCGAACCGCCGCAUCUGUCACCCAAUGACAAUGACAAUGACAACGACCUGCUCAUGGAUUCACCGAAUGAACCCACCAUCAAUCAGGCCACCACCAACGUAGUCGACGGCAUCGACCUGGAUGAGAUCAAGGAGUUUGCCAAAGCAUUCAAACUGAGACGGCUCUCGCUGGGCCUCACCCAGACCCAGGUGGGCCAGGCCCUAUCGGUGACAGAGGGACCAGCGUACAGCCAGAGUGCCAUUUGCAGUGCACUCGCUGCGCAGAUGUAUGCCGCUCAGCUGUCGACGCAACAACAGAACAUGUUCGAGAAACUGGAUAUAACACCAAAGAGUGCACAGAAAAUCAAGCCAGUGCUGGAGCGCUGGAUGAAGGAGGCCGAAGAGAGUCACUGGAAUCGCUACAAAUCGGGCCAGAACCAUCUGACAGACUAUAUUGGUGUGGAACCGUCGAAGAAACGCAAACGUCGCACCUCGUUCACCCCUCAGGCCCUAGAGCUGCUGAAUGCGCACUUUGAGCGCAAUACGCAUCCUUCGGGCACGGAAAUUACUGGGCUGGCCCAUCAACUUGGCUACGAGCGAGAAGUGAUUCGCAUUUGGUUCUGCAACAAACGGCAGGCACUCAAAAAUACCGUUCGCAUGAUGUCCAAGGGUAUGGUCUAGGUGGGGCAUCAUCUUGCUGGACGGACGUGCUACAUACUGUAUAUAGUUUGUGUGUAUUUUGUGAUAGUUUUAAACACUUAGCGUUUAGCAUUUAGGCCAUGUAAUGUAAAAAGGUGUGUCAUAGCAUUUACAAUAAAUGUCAGCAUAUGCCCCCCACACCCCCUCCCCUAUCCUUCCCCAACCAUCUGAGCCCCCUAACUAAAAAUUAAUACUAUUUACGCAUAACAUUACGAGUAAUAUUAAUCAUAUCCCAAAUAGCCUAAAAGUAGUCUAAAGUCUAUAGGCAGUUUUUAGGGCCCAUUUUAUGAUAUUGAUGUGCCAUUCCAAAAAUUUAAAAUACGAAAUACAAAAGAAAAACAAAAAACAAAUCAAGA